AUGAGCAGCACGUUUGUGACCCUGGCGGAGGUGCUGGAGGCGAGGGGAGGGCCUCUGGAGGAAGACGAGGUGUGGUCCCUCCUCCUAGGAACGGCCGAGUCAUUAGUGGACAUCUCCUACAAAGGUCAUAACAACAUGUGCAAUAUAAUCAGUCCCGGGUCCUUCCUGCUGUCUGCUAGCGGCAACCUGGCUUUUAAGAACUGUGUCCUGUCUGACGAGGUGAGGACUUACACUGCCCCCGAGAUGCUCCAGGGCCGCACCAUCGGCACCAGGCUGGCCGUGGAAAAGAUGAUCAUAUAUUCCUUGGGAAUGACUCUCUACUGGUCGGUUGAUUAUCAGCUCCCACAAAACCAGCCCAUUCAGCUGAGCGACCGCUUGAACUGUCUCCUACUGAGCAUGUGCGAGGACAUGGCCCACCGCCGCAUCAACCUCAGCAGCAUCCUGGAGGCGUGUGAGGCGCACCACAAAGCCACCCUGCUCCCGCCCCCUAACAAAGUCAUCAGGCAGCUGGUGGAGGACGUCUUUCGGGAUUCUGUUGACUCGGGGUCCUUUUCCGAGACCGUGGUCCAUCUUAGCGGCAGGAGCCAGAUGAUCAGAGAGAGGCUGCAUGGUAAACGAGGACCUUACUCUGGCUAUAGUGAAGCGAAUGCUGCAUCAGGGGAAAGUUCCAGAUUGUCAACAGACGCAGAGAACAGAAGAGGAAGCUUACAUCAACAGACUAUCUGGGCUCGCAAGAGUCGGAGUUCACCAUCACACACGUGUCAAAGCAACACAGACAGAAUUCCCUGUAGACACCACAGAGGCAGCAACAGCAGUUGGCUGUCCCCGAGUCCUUACCUAGACGUCCCUCGACCAGGUGACCUCAGACCCUUGUCGGUCACUUCUAGUGAAUCCACGGUCUGUCUGACCCAAAAGAAAGCCAAGAGUCUGGGACCUGAGUUUCUCAGAAUGCUGGAGGAGCCACAGAUAGUCUUAGAACUGCCAGGAUCCAUUGUGUCAAAGAAGGGGAAGUCGUCUUUGUCUCAGCGGACGCUGAGCGUGGUCAUGCCGAAUGGGCAGCGCAUCCUGGUGAAAUGUGACACCAAGUCCCGGGGGAGGGACGUCUUCGACAUGGUGGUGGCGCACGCAAACCUGGUGGAACACUUUUACUUUGGCCUUGCUUUCAUCGACGAUGAUGAAUUUUUCUUCCUGGAACAUGAGACAAAAAUCUCCAAAGUUGCUCCUGACUCUUGGAAGAAAGUACAAACUGCCAGUUUUGUCCUUUUUCUCAGAGUCAAGUUCUUCGUUGAUGACAUUGCUUUCAUUCUGCAUAAGCUCACAAGACAUCAGUACUAUUUGCAGUUGCGGAAGGAUAUUUUGGAGGACAGGUUAUACUGCAAUGAAGAGACGGGCUUGUUUCUGGGAGCUCUGGCUCUGCAAGCAGAAUUUGGGGACUAUUUGCCUGAGGUUUUUGGGAAGAACUACUACCAGCCAGACCAGUAUGUCUCCAAGAGCGUGUUGGAGAAGAUGGCCUUGCCCUGCUUAAAAGAAGAGUUGCCAAGAUUACAUGCCAAUAAUGCCAGAAUGCUUCCAGAAGAAGCUGAGAUGGAGUUUUUAAAGGUUGCCCAGCAACUUCCAGAGUACGGCGUGUUGUUCUACCGGGUCUCUCGAGAGAAGAAGCCUGUCAUUGGAGAGCUGAUCCUGGGAAUCUGUGCCAAAGGAAUCAUCAUCUAUGAAGUGAAAAAUAAUUCCCGGAUUGCCAGCCUUCGAUUCCAGUGGAGGGAAACUGACAGCAUUUCUGCAACCCGACGGAAAUUCACUGUAGAAAGCAGCAGCAGUGGGAAAAAGCACACCUUUAUCACAGAGAGCUCCAAAAUCGCCCAGUACCUGCUCAACCUCUGCUCUGCGCAGCACAAGUUCCAUAAUGAAAUGAACUCUCGACAGAUGAGUCACAGUUUGACCUCAGAUGAGAAUAUCGCGAGGUACUCGGCCCUCUGCAGGGCCCGCCACGAGCGUAUGAAGAGGCUCUCGUGCUCCGAGAUCGUGCUCAACAGCGUGGGGCUCAGCGUCACGCCCAACGACGCCCUGAGCAGGUCGUGCGACGACCUCUCUGCGAGGAUCGAGGCCCGGCUCAGGCUGCAGCGGGAGCCGCGGGAGCUGAGGGAGCUGAGGGAGCCGCGGCAGGGCUGGAGUACUCCGGAUCCUAUUCCUCGUGUGUUGUCCAACAUCUCUCUGCAGAAGCAGGACUCUGAAGUUCACUCUAUCGUCUCAUCUCUGAGGGUAGACACCCCAACGAGAGUGUCGCCUGAGAGGGAAAUUAUAUGUGUGUCCCUGAAGAAGGACCCCAAACUCGGACUGGGUUUCAUAAUCGUGGGUGAAGACACCACAGGGAAGUUAGAUCUGGGGAUUUUUAUCGCCUCCAUCAUACCUGACGGGCCAGCCGACAAAGACGGCCGUAUUAGGCCAGGCGGGCGGCUGAUUUCUCUCAACAAGACCAGUUUGGAGGGGGUCACUUUCAGCACCGCGGCCAACAUCCUGCAGAACUGCCCCAACGAGGUGGAGCUCAUCGUGUCCCAGCCGAAACAGACCUUACAAGACAGCAAGAGCUCCCUGGCGCAAAGCAACCUGGGAAUGCUGCUGGAGAGAAGCUACGACUCCCAGUCCACCCUGACGGCAGAGUACCGGCCGGCCGUGGAGGAGCUGGAGGAGGUCCUGUCGGGAAUCAUGACCCCGAAAUCACCCAAAAGGCUGCACAUACCCGUGGUUCGCAUUCUGGACACACAGGAUGGCUGUUCCAGGUCAUCUUCUAUAUCCAGUUUGAAGCCAGCAGAGCUGCUCUUCGUAGAACUGAAGAAGACAGAUGGCAGCCUGGGAAUCAGUGUCACUGGGGGUGUCAACACCAGCGUUCGGUACGGAGGGAUUUACAUCAAGAGCCUGGUGCCGGGAGGAGCCGCAGAGGUGGACGGCCGUAUCCAGAUAGGUGACCGGCUGCUGGAGGUGGACGGGUUCAACCUGCGCGGCGUGACCCACAGGCAGGCCGUGGAGUGCCUAAAGAGGACAGGAGAGGUGGUGAGCCUGGUGCUGGAGAGGGAGCCCCUGUCCACGCCUGACUCAGCCGGCGCCGAGAGACAGAGGGCCCCCGUCACCCCGAGUGCCUCUCCCGUCCGCAGAGCCGACGGCCGCCUCGCCGUUGCCACGGAGACGCCCUUGUCCGUCAGGCCCAAGGACUACAGCUUUGUGUCAGACGACAACACCCUGGAGGUCAUGCUGAAGAAGAACCUCAACGGGCUGGGAUUCAGCUUCAUGAUUGCGGAACUGGACGCCCCGCCAGACUUCGGGAGCAUCGUCCGGAUCAAGAGGCUCUUCCCGGGCCAGCCAGCAGACGAGAGCGGGCUCAUCCAACAGGGGGACAUCAUCCUGGCUGUGAACGGGAUCCCCGUAAAGGGGCUGUCCUAUCAGAGAGUUCUUCAUCUCCUUCGGGGUGCCCCGGGGGAAGUCACCCUGUCCCUCUGUCGCCCUCAUCCCGGUUUGCUCCCCGACAUCGACACCAACGCAGUGAGUCCUCUUCCUUCCCCUGAUAUAGAGCUGAGAUCCAGGUCCAUGGAUAUGCGCCUGAGUGAGGUCAGGCCGGAGUUCAGUCAGCUGCUGAUGCAGAAGGUCCAGGAGAAGGCCGCGAGGCGGGCAAGCGACGAGGAGAACCCCGAAGACCCCCAGGAGGCACAGGACAGCGUGGACACCGAGGCCGAGACGGCCACCUCCACGGGCUCCAGCUCCAGCAGUGAGCACGGAGACCAGGAGACGGCGUCCACCGUGGACGAGGAGCCCUCCGUGGCGUCGGGCUCCACCCUGGAGGCGGGCCUGAGCGACGCAGGGGAUCCCACGGCCAGUCUUGGUGCAGUUUGCGAAAGCGCCAUCGGUAAGGACGUGGCCACCUACUGCCUUGUGGGAAACGGGCUGGCCAUCCUGGCUGAUGAGGAGUACCUGACGAUCAGCUCCACCUCAGAGGGCCCCCCCAGCUGCAUCUCUGGGUCCCCCGGCGCCAUAGCGCCCCCGGCCACGCCCAGCUCUGCCCCACCCUCCCUGCUGCUCCCCACCGACUCAGAGCCCUCCUGCAACAGCCACAACACCUGGGAGGACAUGGAGGAGGAGGAGGAGGACGAAGACCCGAGGAAGGACAUGUUGAAGGAGUUUGAGCUGAACGUGACGCUGACCAAGUCUUGGAGCGGCAGUUUCGGAUUCACCAUCACUCGGAGCAAACUGGACAACUGCUACUACGUUCAGGAUGUUCUGGAUAAUCCCGCCAAAGCGGAUGGCAGAUUACGAGCCGGGGACCGCCUGAUCACGGUGAAUGGACACGAUGUGACAGAUGUUACGGAUGACGUUGCCAUGACAAUCCUGCGCUCCUCUCCCAAGCGGCUCAAGAUGGUUUUGGGCAGGGCAGUGCAAAACCUGAGAGCCCCCCUCCCCGCAGACAGCCUCCCGGACAUCACCCUGUACAAGAGGCCAACAGGGCAGCUAGGUAUAAAGCUCACAGGAGGCAUUGGCAGUAAGUGGCAGGGCAUUUACAUCCUGGAGGUGGUGCCGAACUCACCCGCCAGUGAGGAGGGAAGCCUUCAACCCAACGACAAAAUCCUUUACAUUGGCGGCAAGUGCACCAUGGGAAUGACCCUGGAGGAUGCCGUGAAGGCCUGCGAGUCUGCCUCGCGAAAGGUGAAGCUCAAGGCUACGAGAGAUGACCAGCCUGUGACACCAAAGGGAAAAUGGAACGGUUUGUUUGAAUGGAAGAAGGACAUUAAGUUUUUCCCUCGGUCCGGGGAGCAGAGUCCGGUGGAACAGGAGGCGGCGGGUGAGGACGCCAAAACGCAGCCUGAGAGCGGUGGGAAGUUCCGACAGCGGUUCUCGGUGACCUCAGAGCAGGAGAGCUGCAUUAUUCAGGUGGACUUCCAGAAGCCAGAGAAGGGGGGGCUGGGCUUCUCCCUGGUGGGCGGAGUCAACGGAAGCGCGCUCAGAGUGAAGGAGAUCUGCUCAGGGGGCGUGGCCCAGCAGGACGGCCGGCUGAGGGUGGGCGACAUCCUGCUGGAGGUGAACGGCGUCAUCGUGUCUGGGCUUAGUCACAGUAAGGUGGUGGACAUCCUGCGGAAGGCUGAGGGCACAGUGCAGCUGACCAUCUGCAGGGACAUCCUACAGGAGACCGGCCCUUCCCUCAGCCCCUCCUCCGAUAUCCCACAGGGCCCCGCCCCCCAGCACUCGCCAGAUUUCACCAUAGAGACAGAGGUGCAAGAGGAUCUUGCGUUGUUCAAGCCCGAAGGAAGUGAUGAAAUAAGACAACAUUCUCAUGAGAGUUUUGAAAAGGGAAGCCGAAACUCUACACCCACCCAGCAGAACUGCUGCCCUCCCCUGUGCGUCUCGGACAUGCUGCAGGACGCCUCCGAAAGGACCUGGCCCGACCACGCGCACCAAGACAUGCCCGCGACGGACAAGCUGAAAGGCCACUCUGAUGGCUGGAGCAGCGAUGACGAUGACGAUGACGAAGACUCGUCUCGGCCUACUACCUCUCAAAAGCCGAUGCCUUACACAGGGGAGCCUAUAGUGUCUGAGGAGGAGCUUGCCAGCUUGGCAGUGAUCAGCCCUUCGAAGAACAGCCAAUACUCCGGAUCAAGGGUCAAAGCCCUCAUUCAGAUCCUGCAGCAUCAGCUGGACCAGCAGGAGCUGGUAAAAGAGUUCAUGGCCUUGGAACACUUGAAGCCCUCCGACAACUGCCUUGUAGGAAAAGCACCUGAGAACAGGGAGAAGAACCGAUACCGGGAUAUCCUGCCCUAUGACAAAACGCGUGUCCCCGUGGGAGAGAUGGAGGAGUACAUCAAUGCCAGCUACAUCCGCAUGGAGGUGGGCCAGGAGGAGUUCUACUACAUAUCUUCCCAGGGCCCGCUGCCCGGCACGCAGGACUGCUUCUGGCAGAUGGUGUGGGAGAGCAAGUCGGAUGUGAUCGCCAUGAUGACCCAGGAGGUGGAGCGGGGCCGGGUCAAGUGCCAUCGGUACUGGCCUGACAGGCCCGGCGAGCCCACGGACACCGACCGCUACCAGCUGACCCUGGAGAACCAGCAGGCACAGGACUACUUCCACAUCCGGAUCAUCAAAAUGGUGGAGAAGGAGACUGGAGACACGCACUAUGUGAAACACCUGCAGUUCACCACCUGGCCCGACCACGACACACCGCGCUCUUCGGAGCAGCUGGUGCGCUUCAUCCGCUACAUGCGGGCGGUGCACGCCAAGGGCCCUAUCACCGUGCACUGCAGCGCCGGCAUCGGCCGCGCUGGGGUGCUUAUCUGCACCGACGUCAUCCUGGGACUCAUCGAGAGAGACCUGAGCAUCAACGUGAGCGACAUCGUCAAGGAGAUGAGGCUCCAGAGGUAUGGGAUGAUUCAGACAAAGGAACAGUACCUCUUCUGUUACAAAGUCUGGCUCGAAGUCCUCCAGAGCAUUCUGCUUCUUCAUGGCAACCACUGGCAACAGGAGAAACCCUUGUGA